UCACGUAAUCUCAUACAAAUUUACAAUAGUUACAUGUGCGUAUCGCAUGGUAAAAUUGGAAUCAACCCUUGCCCUAUAAUCUUCCGAAUCAGUACCCAAAUUCCUCCAGAGUACUUAGAUACAAACUCCAGCCACAGCAGCAAAUGUGACAUGUUGAAUUGUGAUUCCGUUAGUAUUCUGAAAUAUUAAUAUAAAAAAGUGAAUAAACAUUUUCCACAUUUCUGUCCAAGAAAUUAUUAUAAGUAGAUAAUUCAAUUCAAUUCAUUCCUCAAACCGUAGUAUUCAAAACUUAAAAUAUCGGACAAAGUCUACAACAAUUUUUCUCGCAUGGAAUAAAAGUAUGGAAUUUCAUCGGGGACCAAGUGCGCAACAGGAGGCAUUAAGUAACCCAAUUAUUCUGACGGAAAUAUUAAAGCAGUCCUCCAUCCCGUUAAAAACUUGUCGACUCGUUUCCCACUUUUGGAAUAAAAUGGUUCUCACCCUCCCCAAUACGAAACUCGCCCUAAAUCUGAAACCUAGGCACCAAAAUUUUGGAACCGACCCGGCCCCAUUUUUCGAACUCUGUAACACCCUAGACGACCGACUUGCUAAACGGAUUAGCGCCAGGACCCCAUUUUUCGCCGAGGCGUCCUACUCCUUCGCUGCCAAGAUGAUCUAUCUCUGUGGAAAGUUUAGCCAGCGGGUAGAAAGUUUGGGAAUUUUGCUCCAUUUUGAAGACUGCUUACCACACAUUUCCCAAAUUUUUUCAAAUUCCUGCCCGAAUUUGAAACAAUUACGGAUCAGGUGCAUGUUCGACGGAGAAAAUUAUGUUCCCAGUCCAGAAAUUUUGGCAGCGCCGUUUCCGCGAAAACCAAACUUGACCGUGUUCCGGCUACAUUCCGCCGAGCUGGCGGUGUCCCCUGCUCUGACCACUUUUACCCAGCUGGUCGUCGCGGCCGCGCCAAAUUUAAAAAAGCUCGUCCUUCCCUGGGGGGUAUAUCCAGAUUUGGAAAAUUCAAAAUUCCUGGACUCCUUAACCCUAAAGUUGGACCUCGCUCGGUCGCUAGAGGUCGUUCUGAGAGACUAUAAACCGUCCGAACUGGCACGUAUGCUGGGUCAAGUCGGUGACCACGUGGUCCACCUUGCUUUUUCGUGCUACGGCUCAUAUAAUAAAUACAGCAAGCACGAGGACUACGACCUCGUGGAUAACUCGACCCGAUCAAGAAUCCGUUUGCCGGGAAGGAUGUUGAAAUUACGCACGUUCAAAAACGACAUGCUCGACAUUAUUCAGCAUGCCGAUCUCUGGAGAGAUAUCGAAGGAAUGCCUGGACUAGAAACGCUCUGGAUUGGAAAGAUAUCUAGAACGGCGACAAGUGUGGAUGCCUUUUUGAAAAAUCUGUCUGAAAAGGAACGGGUUUUUAGAAAAGUGACGGAUUUGAGGAUUCAAGAAUUGUACGAUCCCACGCUUCUUGCCCGAUUGAAGACGGCGUUUCCGAACUUGAAGACGUUGGGGUUGGACUCGUUGUACGAAAUGGAGGAGGGUGGCAUGGAGUUGGGUGUGGUUCUCAAGGCGUGUGUGGGUUGGGGCGGGUUGAAACAUUUGCGUGUCCGGCUGCCGACUUAUCCUGAACGAAUGUGGGAUUUCAUUAAGGCCUUGUUAGAUGGGAGUGAAUUGUACAAAGGGCUGAAAAGUUUACAAAUCAAGGCGCACGGUGGGUAUUUUACGAGGCGCGAUUUGACGGACGCGGAGAUGUAUCUAUUUAAGGGGCUGCUCGUUGUGAUGAAGGAAAUUGAUCACGUCAACAUUCGUGAUCUUUAUUUUGGUGGCGAAUCUCUUAAAAAUAUAUUGGACUUUAUGGCGUCAAACGGAAUUUCCUUGUCGAAAUUUAAGGUGUUACAAGGCGGAAGGACGGAUAAUGUGAACGAUUUCGAGUAGAUGAGACCUGACGUAGUGACGAUUAGCUGAGUUAUACCGGAUUUUUAAAGUUUUUAUAUGUAAAAAAAUUGCUAAUUAUUAAAAGCUUAUGAAUUACUAUUUAAUUGCACACUAUCUGUAUGCAUUUCUUCAAAAGUUGAUGUUACAUAAAUAAAUA